AUGCCCCAACGCCUGUUAACCUUUCAUUAUCCUGCCUAUGCCCUCGUCCCCUGCCCUCAGUCACACGUAGGCGCGACCACUCGCGCAUGUCCUGCCCCGGCACCCUUCAUCCCCCCGUCUCCCCUAAUCCUUCUUCCCCUCCUCCUUGUCCCCCCGUCGCUAAACAGAGUUAGUCCCACAAUCAUCCCUUGUCCCAUGAGUCACCCUCGCAUUUGCAUGGUGGUCCCAGUAACUUGCGAGUGGGGCCACCCCUCUUUCCCAUUUUGCGUCUUAACCGUCACCCUUUUGACCGAGCAAUCGCCGUUCACAACCCCCACAUCCCUUUAUGCCCCCACUCCUGUGAACCCUGCGAUAUCAUUCCCAUCCCCUCGUCCCCUGCCCUCACUCACGCACAGGUAUCAUCCCCACAAUCAUCCCGUAUCCCAUGGCUCACUCAACUGCAGGCGCGCCGCUCGCCCAUGUCCUGUGCCAGCUUGCGCAGCAGCAUGCGGCCUGCUAGAGGGGGAGAGGGGAGAGGGGGAAGGCGGAACGACUUAUAACCAGCUUGCGCUGCACCAUGCGAUCGAUCUGCUAUUGCUGGCACACAGCCCUCACACACCUCGUUGGGGAGGAGGGGGGGAUUUGGAGAAGCGGGGCUGGGAGAAAGGGGGAAGAAUGGCUUCAAGUUAUGACCAGCUUACACAGCACCAUGCGGUCUGCUGGCAUGUGGUCCUCAUACACGGCAUGUGGCUGGGUGAGGAGACGGGCGGAAAGAGCACGGGGGAGAGGGAACAGAGGCACCAUACGUCCUCUCCCAACACUCUCCCUGCCCCCACAUCUCCCCUUUCCCACAGCCACGUCCCCCUGCCUCGCCCGCACCUCGAGGAAGGCGUCUGCAAUCUUGCAGCGGGACCACCCGCUCUCACUCUCCAUGCCCAUCUGCCACCGCCGCUCCGCCUCGUGCGGCCUCCUAGAUCAUCAUGCCAUCAGAACCAGCCAUAUCUGCAAGCACCUUUACUCGCAACAGGCGCACGGAGAUUGCCCUCUCUCUGGCCCCACAUCUCCCUUUCCCCACGCCCACGUCUCCCUGUCCCUCAACCGCACCUGGAGGAAGGCAUCGGCGGUCUCUUCGCGGGAGAACCCGCUCUCAUUCUCUAUUCCCAUCUGCCACUGCCGCUCCGUCUCGCGCGGGUUUGA